AUGGCGGCCCGACCGCAGAGUCUGGACGAGCAAUUCGACUUCGACGCCAACGAUCUGUCCGCGCAAUUCGAGAACCUCCUUCGAACAAGGCGACUGAAUGAACUGGAAGAGCAGUCACGACCCCGAUCACAAUCACCCAGAUCUAGCGUCCGCUCCUCAACACAGUCACACCUUUCAACCUUCUCGCGAGAAUCAGUGUUGUCCUCUCCACGAACGUCGACAGGCUCGCAGCCGCCGCAUUAUAAUGUAUCUAGAAAUUACCCGAUCAUUCCUCGGCCGCCAUCCGAUGCUGCAUCGCUCAAGUUCCGCAACUUCCUCAUAACAAUGUCUAUCACGCCCACCAAGUACGAAAACCCAGGUCUGCUAGACGAUGCCCUCACACAUGUACCCCUCGACCGGAUAUAUCAGGAGGCAGACGAGGAACACAAUAUCAUGAAAGGCAUUGCCGCCUCAAUGGGCGAGAACGCGAGGCCUGAGUGGAGCUACCAGGACUGCGUGAUCCGUAUGCUGCUGAGAUGGUUCAAGCGAUCAUUCUUCACAUUUGUGCAUAAUCCUCCAUGUUCAGUAUGCCACGGCGCGACUGUAACAGCAGGCUCGACCCCUCCCACGCCCGACGAGCAAGCACGUGGUGCUUCGCGUGUCGAACUCUACCGAUGUCAAAAUGGCACAUGCGGUGCUUACGAGCGCUUUCCACGAUAUACUGAUGUAUGGGCUCUUCUCGAGACCCGCAGAGGUCGCGCCGGCGAAUUUGCGAAUUGUUUCGCUAUGCUCUGCCGAGCAAUGGGUACCCGCAUUAGAUGGGUUUGGAACAGCGAAGACCACGUCUGGGUUGAGGUAUACUCAGAACACCAGCGGAGGUGGAUUCAUGUCGAUCCCUGCGAAGAAGCAUGGGACAACCCACGAAUCUACACUGAAGGCUGGGGUCGCAAAAUCGGUUACUGCGUUGCCUUCUCAAUUGAUGGCGCGACUGAUGUUACUCGACGCUACGUCCGCAACCCGGCCCAACAUGGUCUGAGUCGCACAAAGUGCCCCGAAGAGGUAUUACUUUACAUUAUCCACGAAAUCAGGAAACUUCGACGCGAAAAUGUCGAGAAGUCGAUCCGAACACGCCUCAUGAAAGAGGACGAACGCGAGGACAGAGAACUGCAAGGCUUUGUCGCCCACAAUCUGACACGCGAGAUGAUCUCGAGCAUGCCAGGAGCUACUCACGUACCAAGUGGCGGCGAUGUCGUCAAAUCCAUCGAAGAACGACAACGCGAAUUGGAACAGCAACAGAUGCUCUGGCGAAAUCAGGAGAGCAGGUGA